CCCGACGACCGUGAGGGCGCGCAGGGCGGGCCGGAGGAAGCAUGCCUGGCGCUGCUCAACAACCUGCACGGCGACGGCGUUCGCUGGCACGACGUCGCCUGCCACCACCGCAAACCCUUCGUGUGCGAGCAGCCGCCCCCGCCGCCCAGCGCCCCGCCGCCCAGCGCCCCACCGCCCAGCGCCCCACCGCCACCGCAACCGCCCCUCGUCCAGGUGGAAGAAGAACAACAAGCACCACACCAUGAACCUGUUUCUAUGCCUUCUUUCGGCUUGCUAACUGUUCUGCCAGUUCCAGCACCUCCACUCAAUUCUGCAAGAUCUGAAGUGAAGAAGUUCUCAUAAUACUCUUGUUGAAUGUUAUCAAUACAAUAAUUCUUGUAUUACUUUAUUUCAUAUUGUUUCAAAUAAUUAAAUUGUAUUUUACC